CAUGUUGAUAUUGGACCCAGAAAAAAAAAAAGAAAAAGUUGAUAUUGGAUUUCUUUUCUCUGUAGUUCGAUCGGACCAUAUGAAGGUGAUCCCACCAUGGCAGCAACCAGCAGCGUCGUCUCGCCUUGGCUUCUAAGAAGAGCUCUUCAGGCAUUUGUGGCCCCCCAUCAUCCCUCUUCCUACAAGCCCCUUCUCUCUGUUCCUCUCCCUACUCUUGCUUCUUCAGCCGCAGGUCUAUGUCACUUGGCCCAAGCUAUCAAGGGCGACGUUGAUGGUUUACUUAGUUCAGUGAGAGAUGAGAGUUCCAUUGAAGCUGUGAAGCAUAUUGUUGAAUUGGGAAGACGGGCACAAUCUAGGAGAGAAGUACUUCAUACUGAUUUUCUCACGCCACCUAUUUUGAACGAAUCUACUAUAGUGUUGGAGAAGUUAGCCGACAUCAAAACAAUUGCUCAUGGCGGAUACCCACAGGCUGAGCGUUGUCGGCUUUCAGUUGGCCAUCUGCAAGAUUUGACUAAGGAUCCAGAUAUUGUUGCAGCAUUAAGUAUCACAGGAAACUUUGGGUUUCAACAGUGUUCUCAUGGCGACUUCCUUGGCGCAAUUCUUGGUACAGGGAUUGCUAGGGAGAAGCUGGGGGAUAUUAUUUUGCAGGGGAGAAAUGGAGCUCAUGUUCUUAUUGUUCCAGAACUUGUUGACUUUGUCACAUCUACAUUGGAUAAGGUUGGCAAUGUGCCAGUUACUUGUAGACAGAUACCUUUACUUGACCUUGAAUAUGAGCUGCCCAGAACCAAGACCUUCAAAACUGUGGAAGCAUCAUUGAGAGUUGAUGCUCUGGCUAGUGCAGGAUAUAAAAUUUCACGAACAAAACUAGUUGAUUUAAUCAGAAACGGGGAUGUUCGGGUUAAUUGGUCCACCAUAACUAAAAGCAAUACAACAAUCAAGACUGGAGACAUCAUCUCAGUGAGUGGAAAAGGAAGACUGAAGAUCGGCGAAAUAAACUCCACCAAGAAGGGAAAGUUUGCGGUAGAACUUAUCCAAUAUCUAUGAAGGCCCAACAGAUGUAAGGUCAUUUUUGUUUAGUCUCAAACCGUUAGGCGCUUACACAUUUUUUGUAUAAUUUUCCCUUAAUUUCUUUCAUUUUCCCUGGUUAACUAGCCGAAUUGGCCGGUUCAGUAUGGACUAGACCAAAGUUUUUGGCAGCAGAAAAUUUCUUGUAUGGUUAAUGUUAA